AUGGUUUAUGUUAUGUUUAUAUUCUUGUUUGGGUUGGUAUUAGGUCUUGCGGCGGUUGCUUCUAAUCCUUCGCCAUAUUUUGCAGCGUUGGGAUUGGUUGCGGUAGCAGGCAUAGGGUGUGGGGUGUUGGUGGGGCAUGGGGGGUCUUUUUUAUCCUUGGUCUUAUUUUUAAUUUAUUUGGGAGGAAUGUUGGUAGUGUUUGCAUAUUCGGCGGCGUUGGCGGCUGAGCCUUAUCCGGAGGGUUGAGGUAGUUGGCCUGUUUUGGGGGUGAUGAUGGCUUAUAUGGUGGGGGUGUGUGCGGCGGCAGGGUUGUUUUGAGGUGGGUGAUAUAAGGGGGCUUGAGUGUCUGCUGAUGAGUUUGCUGAGUUCUCUGUUUUUCGGGGGGAUAUUGGAGGGGUAGCUUUGAUGUAUUCGGUAGGUGGCGGUGUUUUGGCGAUGGGGGCUUGAGUGUUGUUGUUAACGUUGUUUGUGGUGUUGGAGUUAACGCGGGGGCUUAGUCGAGGGGCUCUUCGAGCUGUUUAA